AAACGCGUGGCGAGUUCGAAAAGGAAUAAUACAUUUCGAUGGGGCCUGAGACACGGCAGAGUGUAGUCAUAGGGUACUGGUCAACGUAUAUAAGGUCAUCGAGACCAAGAUACCGCUUCAGUUAGAUGAAAACCCUGAUAGAUGUUGUGUCAUUUUUUACGGUCCUAAAAUUCCCAAACAGUGACUCUUCCACAGUGUGCCGGCUUCUCUAGAUAGAUUUUCCAACCCAUAGUUUUACAAAACGCGCCUCACAAUUCUCCAGUGCUACACCUAAUAUUCGAAUGGUUCUUUAUCUUUGUGAUUGCCAACGUGAUUUGAACCGCAGGUUGCCGGAUCUUCAAGACGAGCAGCGAUCCGCCGCAGUAGGAUAAGCCAUCCGCAGGAAAUUACGAGGCUAUAAAAUGAUCCUUUGGUGGAUUGAAACCACCCUCUCUGCCCUGCUGAUCGUAACAACUAUAAUGGUCUUCAUCCUAGUUUACCUCGCAUUAUUCUUUAAAGUCAACUGGGUCAGAUAUCCCAAUCAUCAAUCCAGUGCCAAAUAUUUUAUUGCAAAACACAGAAAACGAGGAACUUUACCACCUGUUUAUCCCAAUGGUUGGUUUGCUCUUCUGGAAAGCUCUGAGCUUAAGCGUGGAGAAGUAAAACACGUUACUGCCAUUGGAGAAAAUUUUGCGGUCUUCAGGACGGAGACAGGUAUUGUUAAUAUUUUAGACGCUUACUGUCCACAUUUAGGGGCAAAUAUGGGUGAGGGUGGAGUUGUAAAAGGAGAGUGCCUCGAAUGUCCUUUUCACAGUUGGAUUUUUCGUGGUGAUGGACACUGCCAAAGCAUACCCUAUGCAGAAAAAGUUCCACCCAAUGCAAAAGUAAAGGCAUGGAAAUCUUGCGAAGUGAAUCAAUUGAUCUUCGUUUGGUACCACGCCGAAUCUGAAAAACCAAACUGGAAACCACAAUCUAUUGAAGAAAUUUCCAAUGGCAGUUGGAAAUACCAAGGGAGAAAUGAGUUUUACGUUAAUAGUCACAUUCAGGAUAUUCCCGAAAAUGGGGCAGACCAGGCGCACCUCAGUUCCGUGCAUGGACCAGCAAUGUUUCUACAAGAUUUAUUUCCAAACUUAGCGAGACACUCUUGGACUGAAGCAGUGUGGAUCGCCUGUAAAAAAGAGUGCAAGACUGAAGAGGAUAUCACAAGUACUUCAACAUCCUUACCAAAUGUAGUUGCAGAAAGGGAAAACGCCGAAACUAAUGAUAGGCAUAAAGCAAUACUUCGCCUAAAGCACAGUCUCGUACUUUUCGAAAAGUAUAAAAUACUCCAGUUAUCAGUCGAAGCAGUACAAAUUGGACCUGGAUACGUGGAGUUGCGGCUAGACAGUAGAUGGGGUCCAUUAUGCAUUCUGCAAACAGUUACUCCCGUCGAGCCUCUUUUGCAGCGCAUAACACAUCUCAUGUUUUCAUCAAGAUUCCUCGGUCUCUACGCCAAAGUCGUAAUGAUUGGAGAAACUGUCAUGUUCGAGAGAGAUCUACAAGUCUGGAAUAACAAAACAUUCGCGAAAACGCCGGUAUUGGUGAAACAGGAUCGUACCAUUCUCGACUUCCGCAGAUGGUUUUCGCAAUUCUAUUCCGCCAAUAGUCCCACUUUUCAAUCGGCGUCGGAGAGUCUCUCAUGGUAGUCAUCAAUCAUUUUUCUCUAGUUCCCUACAAGUUGUUCUCAAUGUGAUUUGACCGAGAGAACUGAUCAUUUCUGUCAUGGCUGUAAAUAUGCAGUGAAUUAUCCCACCUAUUUAUAUUUACAAAUUUACCAUUCUCAGCUAGGUUAUCACUUCAUCAAGAUUCGCUUGCGAUUCGUCUCUACGACUCCACUGUAAAUAUAUUUUUAAGCAUACUUUCACGUGAAAUAAAAAGUAUUUUAUUCCUUGA